UUGAUCUUUAAAAAGAAAGAAGAAGAAACAGCUACCCGGAAGCUUGUCACACAAUAAGCGAUGGUGCUGACGGUUCUUUUCAUGUCUCACAACAAACCCUUCUUUCCUUCAUAAUUGAUAUAGAAAGUGAAGGUGUUUAUGCAGCGCUAACCAUGUGUGAGUGCGUGGUAAAGAGCAGGCCGGCGGAGUGAUGGAGAGACCGCAGUUAGCUUCAGUGUGUCCGCGGAGAGUCCUCUGAUGCACCAUGAUCCCUGUGCCUCUGCUGGUGUGUGUGAUGGGAGUGUGGUGUGCUGUCUACCUCGCCGACACACUGCUCCGGUCGUCCGUGACACAUCGGAUCAGCUACGAGUCGUGGUUGGCGAGCCGAGGGCUGAUGUUGUCUCCUUUCCACCUGAGAUGGCAGACCACCAUGUUCAACCGUCUGUUUGCGUACUGCGCCCGCAUCAACCCCCGAGCCCAGUACCUGUGGUUCAACAGCGGUCUGGUGUUUGGUGUAGUUGCCAUGGUGGGCUCGGUGGUGCUGCUGACACAGACACUGCAGCAGACGCUCGCUCAGAUGACCACAGACAACCCUCGGAUCGGAAGUCAGCAGGCCCUGCAGGUGGUGGUCCCUGGUGUCAAUCUGCCCACCAGUCAGCUGGCCUACUUCUUCAUCGCCCUGCUGCUCAGCGGAGUUAUACAUGAGCUGGGCCACGCUGUGGCAGCAUUGAGGGAGCAAGUCCGAGUCAACGGUUUCGGCAUCUUUGUGUUUGUGGUGUAUCCCGGUGCAUUUGUGGACCUCUUCACCACACACCUCAACAUCAUAUCCCCCGCUCAGCAGCUCCGCAUCUUCUGUGCCGGAGUGUGGCACAACUUUGUUCUGUGCGUGGCAGCAUUAGCCUUCCUCUUCCUGUUGCCCCUGUUUCUGUUUCCCAUGUACUCCACCGGCGGCGGUGCGCUGGUCACCGAGGUUGUGCAGGGCUCUGCGGCUGACGGUCCCCGGGGUCUCUCAGUCGGGGACAUAGUGACCGGGCUGGAGGACUGUCCGGUCAGGGGAGUGGAUGACUGGAGCACCUGCUUGUCUCGCAUUUCUCUCACCCCACAGACUGGAUACUGUGUCCCCGGCGCCAGCCUGCAGCCCAGCUGGGCCCACGGACGAGGUGAGUGUGCUGUUCGUACAGUGAGGGCACCCGAAGGUUCAGUCAAAUACGCCUGCGUGCCGGUGCGUAAGAUGGUGACGGGGACGCGAGUGUGUCAUACCAACGACGACUGCGCCGCACGCUCCCACGCCGCCAGCAUUUGCGUCACUCCAUCUCUGGAGAACCAGACUCGCUUCAUCCGUGUCACACACCCGCCCAACACACACAUGCUGUUUGUGGGGUACCCGCCGCACCUUCAGUACGCUGUGAGUCUGACCAACUUUCUGCCCCGCUUCGGUUUCCUCCACCUGGAUCUGCCUGUUUUCUUGGAGACCUUCUGCAAAUACGUGGUGUCUCUCUCAGGUGCGUUAGCAGUAGUGAACUCCGUGCCGUGCUUCGCGCUUGACGGUCAGUGGAUGCUGAACGCACUGCUGGAGGCAACGCUGGUAACUGUGGUAACGGACCGUCAAAAGCGCGAGCUGAUCGGUUUCUCCCUGCUGCUCGCGGGCAGCGCCCUGCUGGCAGCCAACGUGGCGCUGGGCCUGUGGAUGGUCACGGCGCGGUAGCCACAGCGGGGAGCGGCCCUGGGAAGACAAAGAACUGAAAGAAUAAAACCCCACGUGGGCCGAGAGUUGUUCUCUCAGGUUGUGCUUGACAUGCGUGGACCAUUAAACUGAACAUACGGGGAACAGGCUGCAUUACCCAGCAGUGCUGUCCAAUUUCAGGAGACUGUUGAGCAGAACAUUAAUCUGCCUUUAAGGCUGUACUCGACCACCAGGGAAAACAACAGCUCUUUCCACCGUGGUGCCGUAUACUUAAAAAAAAAAAGAAGCACAUAUACAAAUAAGUGAUGCACUUGCCGUAAAGCACUGUCCUAUGUGACCGUUUUUACAAAGACUGAACAAUCUUUCCAGUAGUUAAUAUCUGUGUGAAGUUUAAGAGAAACCAACUCAUAUGUUCCUGUUGACAAGGUUUUUGGUGUUUUCAACCCCCAACAUCUCCUUCCAGGAGGCAAGGCAACUUUGGAGGAAAAAAACACCAUUGAGCUGUUGACACACAGUUUUACUCAAUCUCGAUGUGCUGCAGAGGUGCCCAUGGAAGUAAAGUUGAUCUGAGAAGAUAAGAACAAAAGAAGUUUAAAACGCGUACGAGUUAUUGGCAAAUGCAUGGCAAUACCUUGAAUUUCUACUACAUAUCACUGUUGGAAUAAAUGUACUACCUAAUAU